AGACCACUUGUCACACCAGGAAUAAGACAAUCUGCACCCCACCGCACUCCCGACUCAACUUACCAAUCAUCGCGAAUAAUAAGGCCGAACACAAAAGUAACAUGUCGGGCCUUUGGAACAAGCAAGCUGCAGCUCAACAAUCCCCCGUUCAACGUUUAAGAGCGGGCUUGGUCCCUGGCACCUGGCUUCAGCUUGCACCUUCCACCUCUCCCAAGUACGAAACAACUGAGAAGUGGCUCUCUCUCUCACCAUCCCCAUCUCCAUUACCGUCACCAGCCAUGGCCGCUGCGAAGGGAACAGUCGUCGAGGAGCUCUCACUAUCCCCAAAGCCCGGCAACUUCUUGAGCAACGACAUUAGCAACGGAAGUGCUGCCACCAGCCGUACUACAAGCAUGUCCGGACCACGACCAGUCGCCGCCGUGCCAGCCGAAGCUUCACUGGAGUUGAGGAGACUUCGCGGAUCGGACGACGGCGAGCGUCUCGCUCGUUUCCUCUCGAACUGAAGGGAAGACAACUUCCCACGAUCAACACCUAUGAAAGCAAACCCGACUCCACCGAGCCAACAACUACCUACCUCCCUGGGCCGAGCAGAGCACCUUUGACUACGACGACCUAUGGCCGCCCACAUGAAAAGCCAAAAACGCUUCAAGCAUCACUUCGCCGAAUGGCAAACACCCUCGAGCUACCAGACUGAUGAGUGAUGGAAACGUCGGAUGAAUACGCUUUGUCAAAAGCUCGAUGCGGCGUGGAAGGGAAUUGAGGAAAACACUUCUUAUUUUUAUUGUUUGUACGAUAGCGUUGCAUUACGUCCGCCAACGACGUGAAUGAAGUUUUUGCUCGAAACUAGCGUGUUUUUCUUCUCGGUCGUUUAAAAGACUUUAUGCUCUCUCGUUAUGUCUUUACGUAGGCCUGAAGACUUGUUCAUGCCUGCUCGCGACGCCAUUCCCGAGACUUUAAAGGCAGUCCGAAAAUAUAUAGAGAGAGUCCGAGAAUCCGGUCUGCGACGAAGAAUAUCCCAUUUCUCAAGCUCCGCUCUCCCCGCUAGAUACAAGGAGAUCGAUCGCCGCAUCGCACCUCGAUCCCUGCCCCAUCCGACAUCCACCAAUGCCAAAAGCUUUCAAUCUGCUUCUUGUCGACAUAACGAACCGUACCAUGCCCACCAGCAGCUAACUGCCACCGCACGAAGAUUUGCAAGCCCUAACCUACCAGACUUUCACUUCACCGAAGUUGAAGAAAGCGCAACGAUGGGUCAUUUAGACCAGGAACCGAGCGACAAACUGAUCAGGCUCGGUUCGGCAGUCUUGGCGCGCAAUGGACUCGAUGCUGCCAGCGCCGGCGAGGGAGACCUUGGGAUGUCUGAAAUACUUGACAUGUGCUGGGGCUUACCUCAAGCGCCAUAG